CAUCACUCUUGAUUCAGUCGAGCACGCGGCCAUUCACAUUUUUCGGGUCCCUCGCGGUGACUGAAUGACCGGCCGGAGCGCGUGUCCUUUCGCCUCGCGGACGCAUUCGAAGCGUCUUCCGUUCAGCCGGGUGGGUGGUUGUCAGCGAGCUCGAGUCCGGCGUGUCUGCCCCCCAAACGAUGCUGAGGAAGUUGGAAAGUAAUGAGCGAGGAUGCUGAAACUGCCGGCAAGCCCGCUUUGUUCGGAGGAGCGCAAGGCUUUUGUGCCGCUGUCAUCCCGCAGCUGGUUCCCUGCUGCUUCGUCUUCUCCUGGCCCGGUGAAACCGACCGUGAGCAGUGUGGUUUGUCUGGGUCGGACCUCACCCGCCCGCUGCAGCGCCAUCAGGUCAGGACCAUGAGCCUGUAUGGGGCCGGAGCCAGCGGCGGGCCCGUCGCUGGGACCAGAGGAGCAGGAGGAGGAGGAGGAGGAGGAGGAGGAGGAGGAGGAGGAGCGGAGCAUCAUAGGGAACAGCGGCGGCGCUCAGGUGAUCGCUCGCGGGACUCCUCGCACGAGAGAGGGGAGAGCCAGCUCACGCCGUGCAUCAGGAACAUCACGUCUCCAACGAGACAGCACGAUCGGGAGCGCGGUGACGGAGGCUCCUCCUCCAGGUCGUCCAGCCCACGUCCUCCCAGAGUCUCUCACUGUUAUUCACAUGUUGGAGGCGCUCUGAUUGGGGGACACAUACCGCGGCCGUUCGGCCCCCCCGGUGCAGACCACCACUCCAAAAUGUUGGGCCAGGGGCCCUGCGACAUGAUCUACGUCUAUGACCUCGGCGGCAAAGAGCACCGGAGCGGGGGGCUGCGGCCGGGAGAGAGAGUCACGCUCAUUGUGGACAAUACGAGAUUUGUGGUGGACCCCGCCAUCUUCACAGCUCAACCCAACACCAUGCUGGGCAGGAUGUUCGGCUCGUGUCGGGACAACAAUUUCACGCGGCCCAACGAGAAAGGAGAGUUUGAGGUGGCCGACGGCAUCAGCUCCACCGUGUUCCGGGCCAUCCUGGAUUACUACAAGUCGGGGAUAAUCCGCUGCCCUGACGGCGUUUCCAUUCCCGAGCUGAGAGAGGCAUGUGACUACCUCUGCAUCUCCUUCAACUACAGCACCAUCAAGUGCCGAGACCUCAGCGCCCUGAUGCACGAGCUGUCCAACGACGGAGCCCGCCGUCAGUUCGAGUGCUACCUGGAGGAGAUGGUGCUGCCGCUGAUGGUCGCCAGCGCCCAGAGCGGCGAGAGGGAGUGCCACGUGGUGGUGCUGACGGACGACGACGUGGUGGACUGGGACGAGGAGUACCCGCCGCAGAUGGGAGAGGAGUACUCUCAGAUCAUCUACAGCACCAAACUCUAUCGCUUCUUCAAAUACAUCGAGAACAGAGACGUGGCCAAAUCGGUGCUGAAGGACAGAGGACUGAAAAAGAUCCGCCUGGGAAUAGAAGGAUACCCGACCUACAAGGAGAAGGUGAAGCGGCGUCCCGGGGGCCGCCCCGAGGUCAUCUACAACUACGUCCAGCGGCCCUUCAUCCGCAUGUCCUGGGAGAAGGAGGAAGGGAAGAGCCGCCACGUGGACUUCCAGUGCGUCAAGUCCAAGUCCACCACCAACCUGGCCGCCGCCGCCGCCGACAUUCCCCAGGACCAGCUGGUGGUCCUGCACCCGCCGGGCCCGCAGGUGGACGAGCUGGACACGUUGCCCCCGCCGCCGGGCCCCAACGAGCUCCACCAGCCGCUGAUCGGCCCGGCGCCAGAGAACCCCCCAGGAGCCCAGCUGCCGCCGCCCUACGAGGGCCCCAACCAGCAGGACCACCUGCCCCGCAGCAACCAGCAGCCACACGGCGGCAGCAGCAGCGGCGGCGGACACCGUCAGGCGACGUACCACUACGACCCGGACCCCGACCCGCCGUCCCCUUCAGCGUGACACGCUGCUGCACAGCCACGCCCACGACAAGUGCUCUCAUCACACAGCUGCAGCCGGAGCUGAGGGUCUGACAGAGACUGGCUCCUGCCAAGCACACAGCCCGACUCGUCAAAAUAAAAGCACCUCCUGACAAUGUGAACAGACUCCUAUCCCCUUUGCCUUCUGCUGCGACACAUCACCCAAUCAGAGCAGAGCUUUGGAGCACAUCAGCAGCCGUCCUCACCGCGUUAAUGUGACGAGACGGGCCGCAGUCACAUGGGUUCUUUUGUUUCAGUGCCUCAUAGUUUAUUAGAUAUUAAAACAUGAAGAGUCCUUUUCUCUAAAUAUUUAAAGUCCUUUAUAAAAAAAACUGUUUUACACACCGACGAGGUCCCACUCCCGUUUACCGUUUGAGUUCCUUUUUAAAACUCGGCGUUGGUUUAUCGUCACUGCUGCGGACACGAGAUGUUGUACAUUUUCUAAAUAAAACUGUAUUCACAAGAAG